UAUUUUUUAAGUAUAGUUAUUUAUUGUUAUUGCUUUGUUUUAUUUUAUUAAAAAUGGAGGUUAUUGAAGAUGGAAAUAUUAUGGACCGCAUCCCUAUUCUCUUGCAAAGAGACAUUGAGUAUUAUGAGAAAAACCACACAGUCCUAUCAGAAUCUGUAUGCAAAGGUGUGGUCGGUGGUCGACUCGACUUCCCUAGAAAUGCUUCCUUUGCUUCUGUGAAGAUUGUUCUUUGGCUAGAAGAAGAAUUCUCCAUUGCUUUCAAACAAGGGUCUGGCAUGUUCGUGACUACAGGUGAAGACGAGAGUACGGAGGGAGGCGUGGCUAAGACGUCGGACCCCGACAAGUUCGUGCAGCUUGCUGUCAAAUCUGCUGAUUUGUUAUUAGAGCACCUUCACAUGUUAGCCCAAGAGGCUCUAGAUCACGCGGAUCUUCCAGUACUGACGUCUACCCUCGGUGCUGCGGCGUUGCUGAGGAACAGUCUCUACUGCUAUCUGCAGCAUACUGAGGAGAUGGGUAGCUCGGAGAGACAUGCGACUCUGCAGGCAUGCUACAAACGCUACGCUCACAUGGCAGAAGCGGUGGCGGAACGCGUACUGGACUUGCACGCGCGCGUUGUGUCACUAUACGUGUUGCAAGACGCGGGUGGUCGCUCCAAUGCCACCGAGACUACAGCGAGCGUGCAUGGCUGGUGGCUUUAUAUGAACGGUAGCCGCAAGGAUUUAUGGGACACGGUGCCACCACGAAUGGCACAAAGAAUAUUCGCUGGAAUGCUGAACGAGACUUUGACUAUUCUAACCGUUCGUUAUUGCCAGACUAACACCACAGAAGCAAGUACUCCAACCCUCAUAAACGACAUCCUCAACAUCCUGCUCUGCGUAGCCCAACUGCUGCCUUCCAUCUGCUCCAACGGCCUCGACUUGGCUGGACUUGAUGUCAAGCAACAAACCAGGGAUGUACGGGACGUGCAUGCCAAAUGCAAUGAGCUGUUCAAGUGUAUGGUUUAUCGUGGGGCUGAGCUGCAUUUCAUAUAUCAGGCCUUCAAAGAGCAACCAGACACCCCUCCUCCAAAAGACUGCCCGUACCCCUGGUUCACAUUCGUGAGCCCACACUUAUUCGACAGCUUCGAUGAUUUUACCACGCAGGAUCUACCGUUGAAGACUGCUAUAGGCCUGGAGCUGAUAGUGCUUUUGGCCCAGCCGCAACCUUCUUGGGCGUCACUGGUUAAGGUCAUAAUGAUGCGUAACUGCCACCUCGCCCGCUUACUCCUCAUCGAGGCCAUUCGCAACAUGUCUGAAGAGAACUCAAAAUGGCCGGCUAACGGGCUGUGGUACAACGUGGAGGGAACCAAGACUCGUUGCGACGGUUUCUUGUGCACUGCCGAUGGGUAUUGCAAUUUUAAAGGAGAUAGCAAUUCGGGCGAGCAAUACGCGCGAGCGGCAGGCGCGCUCACAUACGUGCUAGCCACGAUCGGAAGUAAGGCUGAACUCAAGUCGACACUGUGUUACGCGCUCGAGGUUUCCAACAGAGACUGGGCCUCAUGCUUAGAUAAAAGACAGGUGUGGUGUGACCGGCGACCGCCCUGGCUAGCAGCAUUGCUGGGACUUGUCGGUACUGUGCUACAGUUCAUACCGCCUGUGCUUGUGAAAGCUGUCCAAAGCGGUGCCUCUAUGUACCAGACGAUGUCGCUCUGCAUAACCUGCAUCUCCCGCUCUUGGCCGUGCAUCCCGCGCUCAUUCGUCUUGGCGUGCGGCUGCGUGCAGAGCUGCAUAGGCUCGAGCGCGGGCCCGGUCGGCGCUUCAGUACUGCUGCAGGCGCUGCUCACCAAGCUCUACGACGACGUGCUGCAGUGGGCGCGCAGGCAGCAAGCCCGCGAGCAAGCCGCUGCGUCCGAAGCAAACGGUGAUCUUCAGCACUCCAGUGAGACGAAAGCUCGCACCAAGACCGUGAGGAUCGCCGGCCUCGGACAAACAAACCCUCCGCAGAGUUUCGAUAGCAGUCACAGCCAGCCGUCUUCAAUCGCCAUUGCCAUCGCCGAAGCUUUAUGCUCCAUAGACGAAGACCACAAGCAUACUCGUGAGAUAGAACAACUGGUCGCACUGUCUAAGAAGAAUUUUACGAUAUCCGAUCAGUUUGGACUGGAGGACUUUCCUGAGUUUGCGGAGUUCUAUGAAGAGGGCAACGUGAAUGGAUCCAACGCCGAGCGAGCCAGCGACGCAGCCGCUCUGACCAGCCAGAUCCUCAUGACGCCGCCUGGCCGAGACAGUCUCAGGGUAAUCUACGACCACCUCCAGCUGCAUUCCGAGAAGAUAUACACGGAACUGGGGCUGCAGGUGGCCAGCGACUCCGUCCCGUUGCACAAGGCUCCGUUGCUGUACAUCAUGUUUCAUAUCGGGCGACGGCCCUUCGACCAAUAUCUUCGGAAAGAAUGGCCGAUGCCGUGGAGCAAGCUUGUAUCCGCGGCCAAAGCGUGGUCCGGUGUAGAGGGCGCCCGUGUCCACGUCAACAGAAGACAUGACAUACGCAGCGUCAAGGGACAAAGGGGCGCCAGCGUGCAACUUAACACAAGACUCGACAUACACAGCGUCAAAAGACAGCAAGAACAAGCAGCUGGCAGAGUUAUAUGACCUGUUUAGAGCCCCGGUCACAGGUUUAUUGUAAAAAAUACUCCAAUGUUGCAACAAUGUUUAAGACCUGUGAGACAUGGUCCAUCA